AUGGACGGUCGCGUAAUUCGAGGCGUACAGCGCGCUGCGCUCGAGCAAUGGUCUGAAUUCAUAGCGAAGAGUCUCGCUCAUCGCCUAGACCCUGACAAGUUCGAGACCUAUGUGCCAUUUCUUCAGGCCAAACACCCAUUGCCUCCCGCCGCCGUCGCCGACCUCUUCCUCCGACCGCAGCCUCACAACCACGAGAGCCUCGACCCUCGAGUCCCGCGCUAUCUUCAAGUUCUCUCCAAUCUGAAUUACAUCGAUACGCCUUCGAUUCUCAAAGCUCUCUUUCGAUAUUCGACAUCUCGCGCGCACUCUCGAGACGCUGCGCAACCAGCCGAUGGCGAUGUUCAACGGCCAAACAUGUUGCACUGGGGGAGCUCGUAUGCGGCGGAAGAGGUUAUGUUCUACAGACUUACCAAGUCCGUGGCGCAGGGAACGGCUAUACAGAACACAGGGAGCGGUCUUGAGAUAGCAAGCAUCAUGGCCAAGUGGAUUGCGCUCUUCACCGAUGCCGCGACGGCCUUCACGGUCGACGUCAUGGGCCAGCUCCACAACAGCCAAGUGAGAGAGGAGAUGGAAUCGGCUCGUGCCGCAUUUGUGGCUCUACUUUUGGGGGUGUGCGAGAACCAAGUUGUUCUCAAGGCGAUGAGCAAACCCGAGGCUCAAGGUACCAGAAAGGCCCUAUCCGAAAGCCUUGCAAACUUUGUACCGACCAUCAUGCAAAGUGCCGGUCCGAUCGCGACCCGUCUCGAUAUGUUCCGAACAAGCACACUAGCAGGUUUUGAACCCGUCGACGAACAGAAGAACAAGUCGAAUGCCGAGAUCGAAGACCUCUUCGACUCAACUGUGGCGCUGGAGAACUUUGUCAUAUCCGAGUUACCCAUUGUCAACUCAAGAGCCGGUCUAUACAUUUACCUCAAUGCUGCGCUUGUUGGGCGGCCAUUGAUCGAUGACCACGCCAUAUUCAACUACUUGAACAAUCGAUACCAGGGUGAUGUUCAAACAACGACGGUUGACCUCAUCCUCGCGUCGUUCGACGUGCUGGCCAACGCUGCGUCGCGCAACGAAGGGCACCAGGCCGCUCAUCUUUUGCGUUCUUUUCUAAUGAACAAACUGCCCAUCCUCAUCGAAAGUCUCAGUAAGCACAUGUACGGCCCGGUAAAUGCCGAAUACUGCAUCACGGAAGCUCUUGGCCGCGUCGACACAACCACGUUCCCUACUUUAUCUUCAAUGUUUGAUGAGACGCGGAGCAACAAUCCCUUUACGGAUUCUGUGAGGGAAGAGUUCUGUUGGGCAUGUUGCCUGCAUGGGCUGGUACGAGAAAGUAGCAUUGAGACUCUUCUCGGGGAGACUCCAUAUCAGUCACUUCCCGCUGGUGGCAGGUACCUGAAGGAAAACCUGGUUGCCGAGUGCCUGGCAGACCCGGAGCGAAUGCAAGCCCUCAUUGGGGAGCUGGACAACAAGGACGGGAAUGCCGGCGCUGUAUGUCAGGCCUUGACCGAGGUACUGGGACAGCUCUGCAGGAAUAAGGAGACGAUGUCUCUGAAGCUGCUAUGCAGCCAGCUCGCUCAGAAACCGCUGUCUUUAGACGUCAUGUUGAUGUUUGAGAAGCCUGCGACCAUUCUUCAUCCGCUGUGCGACCUUCUGGACAGCUGGAAGUAUGACGAGGACCAAGGAGAGUACCAGCCUGUGUACGAGGAGUUUGGUUCGAUACUGCUCCUGGUCAUGGCUUUCGCGUAUCGCUAUGGCCUGUCGGCUUCAGACAUGGGAGUCACAUCCUCCGACUCGUUUGUUGCAAGGCUGCUUGGCCAGGGACACCAAAGCCGCCCGUUUGAUGAACUGUCCGACCAGGAAAAGGGACAUCUCAAUGGAUGGAUCCACGGUCUUUUCGAUUCUGAAGCAGGAGGACUGGGCGACGAGCUGAUGUCUUCUUGCCCGCCGCAGGAUUUCUACUUGUUGGUAUCGACGCUGUUCCAGAACAUCGUUCUCGCCUUUGGCACCGGUCACUUGGCCGAGGAAAGCCUCAGGGGAGGCAUUGAAUAUCUUGUCGACACCUUUCUUCUGCCGUCCCUUGUUGUGGCCAUUGCCUACCUUGCCAACUCAUUGUGGAUUGAGCGUUCUGACUGUCAAAAGGCAAUUGUGAGGGUCUUGAGCUCCGUUUUGGCACCUACUUCUAUAUCCAACGAGGCACAAGCCAUGCUCACUUCUGUCAUGAACAUUGUCGCCAAACCGCUGGAACACUCGCUCAGGGCAUACCAACGAUCAGAUCCCAAGAGUCAAGAAGUCGAACCCCUUUUGAAGGCAAUCAAGGACAGCAUUCCCCUGUCCCGGCGGACAGGAGCAGCUGACCACACCGAGUUGGACGCCUGGUCUCUCGGUGGGUUUUCCAACUCUAUCCGUCAAACAUUACAGCAGUUGGUGCAGUGGAGCAUCCACCCAACGAUGGACAGGAUGCCUCCUGCAUAUACCCAUCGACAGAUGCUUGUGGCACUGAAACUCCUCGGUGCAAAACGACUCCUGCAGCUGCUUUACGAAGACAUCAGGCAGCAGACAGACACGGGCAGCGGAAGCAUCAUCUACGAUGUAGUGACAGCAAUAGUCUGCGCGCCCGACGUUGUCAAUACACCGUCAAAUCCCGUCAACUUCCUCGACAACUCAGGCAACGUGCCUGUCCCCACCCAGAGGAAGUUGACGUUGCGCGAGGUUUUAAAAUCGGAUGCCGAGGACUGUAAGAGGUUGCAGAAGACGGACAUGAACCUGGCCGAAAUUGUCGUCAGGCUAUACCGCAAGGUGGAGUCCCAGAUGGCCGUUUCCCAGGCUCAAGCCAUGCAGGCAGACACAAUGCUGCAGAGCGACCUCGGGCUGAGCUUGGAUCCUGGCGCAGGCUCACUUGAUGAUGCCAUGGCGGCUGCGACCGCCAACGUUGUACAGGGCGACGGAAUUUCUGUGGAUAACGUCAGUCUUGACCUUGGUUUGGGCGGAGUUGGUGGCGAUCUGGGCCUAGGGGGCUCGUCGAACAAUGGCGGGGGCUCCUUGGACCUGGGAGCUGAUGACAUCUUCAGUGGGCUCGGGGCCGGCGACGACUUUCAGUGGGACAAUAUGGACCUAUCGUAG